AUGCAAAAGAAACUCUCAGAAUACAUGAAAGCUUUGAUAAAUAAGAAGGAACUUCUCAGUGAAUUCUAUGAACCCAAUGCCCUCAUGAUGGAAGAAGAAGGAGCUAUAAUUGCUGGUCUGUUGGUGGGCCUGAAUGUCAUUGAUGCCAAUUUCUGUAUGAAGGGAGAAGAUUUGGACUCUCAGGUUGGAGUUAUAGAUUUUUCGAUGUAUCUCAAGGAUGGGAACAGCAGUAAAGGUAGUGAAGGAGAUGGCCAGAUUACUGCAAUUCUGGAUCAGAAGAACUAUGUAGAAGAACUCAACAGACACCUGAAUGCUACUGUAAACAACCUUCAGGCAAAAGUGGAUGCAUUAGAAAAAUCCAACACUAAACUGACAGAGGAGCUUGCAGUUGCAAACAACAGAAUUAUCACCUUGCAAGAAGAAAUGGAACGAGUUAAAGAGGAAAGCUCCCACAUAUUGGAAUCUAAUCGGAAGGGUCCUAAGCCAGACCGAACUUCAGAAGGGCAAGCAUUGAGUGAAGCCAGGAAGCACUUAAAGGAAGAGACACAACUACGACUGGAUGUUGAAAAAGAACUGGAGAUCCAGAUCAGCAUGAGACAGGAGAUGGAACUGGCUAUGAAGAUGCUGGAGAAGGACGUCUGUGAGAAGCAGGACGCCCUGGUGUCUCUGCGCCAGCAGCUGGACAAUCUCAGGGCUCUGAAGCAUGAACUUGCCUUCAAGCUGCAGAGUUCGGACUUGGGAGUAAAACAGAAAAGUGAACUGAACAGUCGCUUAGAAGAGAAGACGAAUCAGAUGGCUGCUACCAUUAAACAACUGGAACAAAGAUUGCGCCAGGCUGAGCGAGGCUGCCAGUCUGCUAAACUGGACAACCGGCUCUUCAAGCAGGACUUCGGAGACAAGAUCAACAGUCUGCAGCUGGAAGUGGAGGCGCUCACCAGGCAGCGGAAUCAUCUUGAGUUAGAACUAAAACAGGAAAGAGAAAGAAGGUUACAAAACAGCAGGAGCAUCCCAGGAAAGGGAUCCCAGAAGCCAGAACCCAAAAUGGAUGGGAAGCACAAAAUUCAAGAGGAAAAUGUUAAACUAAACAAGCCCUUGGAAGAAAGCCACAGGCUGCAGUCUCACCCGAUGGAUCAACAGGAUCAGCCAUUGUCCUCUGAAAAGCCACCAAAGUACUGUCAGCUAUGCCAGGAAGACUGCAGCCUGACAAAGAAUGUAUGUAGGAAUUGCAGAGGAACCUUCUGUAACAUCUGCUCAACAAACGAACUGCCUCUUCCUUCAAGCAUCAAGCCUGAGCGAGUUUGCAAUCCCUGCCACGAGCAUCUGAUGAAACAAUAUUCCACCAGUCCAUCAUAA